AUGUUAGUUUUGUUCUCUCCCGACCACUUUUGGUUCUCACAAUGUUCUCCUUCAGCGCUUGAGUUAGUGUAUAAAGCUCUCGCUCUAAGCGCAUCUUGUGAAGACACAAAGAAAAUUAAAGAUGCCGAACAAACCAAGGACAAAAGACAAACACAAGAUGUCGGCUCACUUCAAUAUUACUACAGAAAUGCAAGGAAACAGGAACCAGUCGCGCCUGUAGAAGAACCUCAGGAGGAAGACAAAGCUUUAAGAGAUGAACGAUAUCGCCCAGGACAAGUAAUCUCGCUUAACGCUCAGGAACUCAUUGACCUCCAACCAGAGAGAAAAGCCCCUACAACUAGCCAGCACCUGCAGCAACUGUACGUUCCACAACAAGAUCAGAAGCAGAGUCUGCAGCAGUUUUACUAUGUCGACCCUCAAACACAGCGGCAGCAGCUACAACAGGUGGUGCCACCAUCACACGCAGUGAUUGCCAGACCAAACUAUUCAACCAACGGUGGAGAAGCAUCCGUAGGUGUUGCUCUUUCUGUGAGUGACACGGGUUCCAACUCAGCUGAGGCAUAUGGACAGGAUCUCUUGGCUCUUUUGGGUCAUCCCAUUCGAUCUCAGGCUUAUCAGACACAGGCGCCACCUGUCCAGACUCAGGCUCCUCAAUACCAACAGAUCGAACAAUACAUUACGAAACCAAGCAAAAAGGCUACAAAGCUUCGCCCUAAAAUCCACGUCGCUCCCCAACCAACAAUAGCGCCUCAACAGUACCUGAUUGAAACGACAAACGUACAGCAACAGCAACCUCUUCAACAGCAAUACCAUCCUCAACAACGUGUCCCACAGACUCUCCGCUAUGUGACUUUACAACCUCAAGCGUUGCAGGCUCAGCAAGCCGUUCAGCAACCAUCAUACGAACGACCGGAAACCCAAGGCCUUAAAGUAGUUCCAGCUCCAAACCUCCAAAAUCUUAACCCAUACCGCUCCCCACAGUACCAACAGGAAAACACACCGAAACAAUUUAGAAUCCUCGAUACUCCAAGAUUUAGACAAGAACAACCACGUGUAUUAAACGACAGACCUAUUGCAUAUCUGAAACGCUUUCCAGAACCAGAAAAAGGUCAUCCCAAUGUAGAACAGUCCCUCCAAGAAAGCCUUUCAAUCCAGCGACCAGUACAACCUGAACAAUAUUACUACCGAUCAGUUUAUAGACCGAACGAAGGACGAAGGUAUGAGGUUACCUCUAAGGAACAACCUCGAGUUAUCGAAGCAACGAAAGCUCCCCUCUCGGCUAUUUAUGUAAGCAAGAAUAUUGCUCCUAAGAAGACAAUCAGACCAGUGAUAAGAUAUGAACAGCCCAAGCCCGAGCAGUUAAGAGAGCAACCGCACAGAAUUGAACAAGCUUCAAGUUCAGAGCAGGUUCAUUUUCAACAGGGGCAUCAGGAUGAGCAAAGGCCACAGCUACCUCCUCCAAAGAACAACAAAGCAUAUACUCCCGAAGAAUUUGCUGGUUUGAUAGCUGCGGGUUAUGCUGUAACUCCAAUACCAGUAGGACAUGAAACACCGACUCAACCACAACAGCAGGCUCAAUCAAGAUCUUUGGGUGAACCUAUUUAUCACCGUAGAGCUUACUACAAUAGACGCAACCAAUAUCUCCCUUUACGAGGAGACGACGCACCCUGA